AGGAGGGAGGAAGGAAAGGAGGAGGAGGAGGAGGGGGGGUGGGGGUGUGAUGGGUAUGCGGCGGCGACGGCGACAUGACGGUGCCGCUGCUGAAGAUCGGGGCCGUGCUGAGCACCAUGGCCAUGGUCACCAACUGGAUGUCCCAGACCUUGCCCUCGCUGGUGGGGCUCAACGGUACCGCCGUCUCCCGGGCCGGGACCUCCGAGAAGAUCACCCUUUUCCAGAGCCCCGACGAGGGCUGGCAGGUUUAUACCUCGGCGCAAGCCCCCGACGGCAAAUGCCUCUGCACGGCCGUCAUCCCCGUCCAGGGCACUUGCUCCCGCGACCUGCGCAGCCACCAGCUCCGCCAGCUCAUGGAGAAGGUGCAGAACAUCUCCCAGUCCAUGGAGGUGUUGGACCUCCGGACCUACCGGGACCUCCAGUACGUGCGCAACACCGAGUCCCUGAUGAAGGGCUUGGACUCCAGGCUGAAGGUGGCUGCUGAGAGCCAGAAGAGCCUCAACGCCAAGAGCUUCCAGGAGCUCAAGGACAAGAUGACGGAGCUGCUGCCGCUGCUGCCCGUCCUGGAUCAGUACAAGUCGGACACGCGGCUGAUCGUGCACCUGAAGGAGGAGGUGAGGAACCUCUCCGGGAGCUUGCUGGCCAUCCAGGAGGAGAUGGGCGCCUACGACUACGAGGAGCUGCAGCAGCGGGUGCUGAUGCUGGAGGCACGGCUGCACGCCUGCAUGCAAAAACUGGGUUGCGGGAAGCUGACGGGCGUCAGCAACCCCAUCACCAUCCGAGCGUCGGGCUCCCGCUUCGGCUCGUGGAUGACCGACACGAUGACGCCCAGCGCCGACACCCGGGUGUGGUACAUGGACGGUUACUACAAGGGCCGGCGCGUCUUGGAGUUUCGGACCUUGAACGACUUUGUGACGGGGCAGAACUUCGUGCAGCACCUCCUGCCGCAUCCCUGGGCCGGCACGGGCCACGUCGUCUUCAACGGGUCCCUCUACUACAACAAAUACCAGAGUAACAUCGCGGUGAAAUACCAUUUUCGCUCCCGCAGCGUCUUGGUGCAGCGCAGCCUGGCCGGCGCCGGCUACAACAACACCUUCCCCUAUUCUUGGGGGGGUUUCUCCGACAUCGACUUCAUGGUGGACGAGAACGGGCUGUGGGCCGUCUACACCACCAACCAAAACGCCGGCAACAUCGUGGUGAGCCGGGUGGACCCCCAGACGCUGGAGGUCCUGCGGAGCUGGGACACGGGAUACCCCAAACGCAGCGCCGGGGAGUCCUUCAUGAUCUGCGGCACCCUCUACGUCACCAACUCCCACCUUGCCGGCGCCAAGAUCUAUUUUGCCUACUACACAAACACUUCCAGCUACGAAUACACGGAUAUUCCCUUCCACAACCAGUAUUCCCACAUAUCCAUGCUGGACUACAACCCGCGGGAGAGGGUGCUCUACACCUGGAACAACGGCCACCAGGUCAUCUACAACGUCACGCUCUUCCACGUCAUAAAGACGUCGGGCGAGCUGUGACGGUGUCAUGUCCCCCCCAGCGCCGGACUCCUCUGCUCUCCCUCCCCAGCUUUUUAUUUUUCUACACUUCAGCCUCGGCUACUCUCUCUAGGGGACGGAGCGGAGCCUUCCUCCUCCUCCUCCUCCUCGAUUUUUUAUUUAUUUAUUUUUUUUCAAUAUCUCUUUGGUUUCUUCCCGCGGUUCGUGGCGCAUGGAUCACUUCUGCCUUCAUUUGAGCUGACCUCGGUUGGUUUUUUCGGUUGGGUUUUGGUUGUUUUGGUUUUUUUGUUGUUGUUGUUGUUGUUGGGUUUGGUUUUGCUUUUUCAAUUUACGUCUUUAUUUUGACGGCAAAUAAAAAGAGUCUCUUUGACGUUU